AUGCUCCAUAUGGGCCCUGAAUCACACUUCACGGCCAUUAGAGAGGUCUACAGUGCUCCCCAGUCCGUCAAGAAGCCUGACCAGCCACGGGCACAAUCAACCUUCAGGGACACAGCUGCCAGGAAUCAUGUACCUCCUGUCAGGACUGGCUUUGAGGAGGAACUCGAUUUCACCGAGGAUAGGAUCCAUACAGCCCCUGGGUCUACAGGUAUUGCUGCUGCCGGGCAAGACAGGUGUCCUGUCAGUCCAGGAACUCGAGUAGCUCAAGGCCUAGGAUGUUCAUCUACCUCUGCCAUGACAGAGCCGAGGUCUACAUUUCAAACUGAAGAGGAGAGCACAUUCACAACUGCUUCUGCCAUCACAGAGCCGAAGCACUUCACUGAAUCCUCCUUGUUAUCUGAAGCUGUUGAACCCGAGAUGGAAUGGGACGACUUCUCCGCCUAUUUACCAGACAUUCCAGAAGAAGAUUGGGAUAUCGAGGGUGCUUUCUUACCAACCUCUGAACUUGACCAGCUGUUGGAGCAGUUCCAGGAGCUUUUUGAUGGGGGAAAAGAGACUGUUGGCCACAUACCCGGGAUCCGCCAUCAGAUUGAUACUGAGGACGCCAAACCGGUUCGUGUCCGUCAAUGGAGGUUGCCACAGUCUACUAAGGAGACCAUCCGGCAGCAGUGUGACUCCAUGCUGCAAUCAGGUGUCAUCGAGGCUUCAUGUAGUCCUUGGCUGAGCCCAGUGGUCUUAGUUAAGAAGAAGGAUGGCAGUCUUCGUUUCUGCGUUGAUUAUCGUGGCCUCAACGCUGUCACCAAGAAGGACACUUACCCACUUCCCAGGAUCGACGCUCUCAUCGACGAAUUGGGUCCCACUGACACAUUCACCACACUAGAUGCCCGUGCAGCCCAUUAG